CUGGUCUUAUAACAAUUGGUCACCGAUCGGGAAAGCCAAAAACUCAGUUAGUCUCGAUGCCAGUCCAGGAAAUCAACGCGCGGGUCCAGCACCUCGCGAUAUGCAGCAACGGCGGAGGAGCUGACGCCGAGGCGGCGGUGUGGUCUCAGAUCAAAGAUGAGGCGAAGCGCGACGCCGAAUCGGAGCCGGCGCUCGCCAGCUACCUCUAUUCCACCAUCAUUUCUCAUUCCUCCUUGUUUCGUUCCCUCUCCUUCCACCUCGGAAACAAGCUCUGCUCCUCCACCCUUCUCUCCACGCUCCUCUACGACCUCUUCCUCAACACCUUCUCUACCGAUCCAUCCCUCCGUGCUGCCACCGUCGCUGACUUAUGCGCCGCCCGUUUCCGCGAUGCUGCUUGCAUUUCUUUCGCUCACUGCCUUUUAAAUUACAAGGGCUUCCUAGCCAUCCAGGUUAACAUUUCCUCCUUUCUAGUAUUGCUUUAUAUUUUCCCAGGCCUUUUCCUAGUUUCUCAAUGUCGAGAUACGUGAAUUGCUUUCUAAUUUUAUGCUCCUACAGGGUUACGUAUGAAACUAUGAACCAAUAUACACUAUAAACGCAUCUCAUAAAUUUAAAGGUUAGUAGAAAAGAAAGUUUUUGUUAAAAAGAUUUAGCCUUGGUGCUCUUUGCCUCUUUGGCUCUUAUUUCAAGUUUGCGGUUACUGAUUUAGUAAAAACCGGCCUGUUUUGCUUUACAGAGCUUGUGAUGGCACUGUUUCUUAAGCUAUGCUUUUCUCACUUAAUAGUUAAUACUCUAAAAAAUUAACUUUUCCCAUUGUUAAAAUCAAAGGAUCGAAGUAAAAGAGCCAGUGUUGUGGAGACUUCACAAGUGGAACUAGUUCUUAGCAUACUUAGACAGUUAAGCUUGACAGGAAACUAGGUUGAUGUUUCCAUCGAAGUACAAUAUUCAUUUAGUAAUUUUUCCAUUUCAAAACGUAUUACCUAUCAAUAGCAGAAACAAAGCCAAGCUAAAAUGAACUAAAAAUCAAUUUGCAGAAAGGAAGUAACGGUAUCACUUGAUUUUGAAUAUUUGAUUAAAAAGUAAUCAUGAUUUUAGCCAUAAAGAUUGUUAUUUACAGUUAUACACAGUAUACACAAUUUUCUCUAGCUGAUGUCAUUUCAAUUAUUUACUAUACUGUUUUCAUUUCUCUGCAUAUUAUUUAGUCAUUGACUCAUUGUAACCAUCUCAUCAGCUUGACUCUUCUGUGUAAUAGAUGAAUUAAUUGGUUAGAACUCUCAAGUUAAUUGAAUGAUUGUCUGGAUAAGUAUGAUGGUAUACACACAAUAAAUUUGGGUGGGUAAAGAGAAACUUGACUGUAAUUACAAGAUUAAAGGAAAUUUAACUCUGCACUUUACUAGCAUGUGCAAAUCAUUUUUAAUCUCAAUUUGCUUAUACAUGCAUGACAUAUAGCCAUAUUUGCUCACUUGAGCAUGUCCAUAAGUUUGACCCUCAGGUCAUAUUAUUGAUGUGUGAUUGUAUCUAUUUUCUAUUUUCCCCAAAUGUAGGCUCAUAGAUUGGCACAUAAGCUAUGGCUACAGAACAGAAAACCAAUAGCAUUGUCACUGCAAUCUAGGAUCGCGGAUGUGUUCUCGGUGGAUAUACACCCUGCAGCUAAGAUAGGGAAGGGGAUAUUUCUAGACCACGCAACCGGAGUGGUGAUUGGAGAGACGGCAAUAAUAGGGAACAAUGUGUCAAUGCUGCACCAAGUCACAUUAGGUGGGACCGGGAAGGCUGGUGGUGAUAGACAUCCAAAGAUCGGAGAUGGGGUCUUGAUUGGGGCAGGGGCCACGAUAUUGGGAAAUGUGAAGAUUGGCGAGGGAGCGAAAAUUGGUGCUGGGUCGGUGGUGCUGAUUGAUGUGCCACCAUGGACCACUGCAGUUGGAAGUCCUGCUAGGCUAGUGGGUGGGAAAGAACAGCCAAGUGUUCAUGAAGAUGUUCCUGGGGAGUCCAUGGAUCACACUUCCUUUAUUUGUCAGUGGUCAGACUAUAUUAUAUAGUCAUUGUUGUCGCCAAGAAAUCUGUAAUAGCGUCUAUAUUAUCAACCGGUGCAAACAUCAAUGAGAAAAUAGAAUACUGAAAUGUAAUUUUCUGUAGAGUUUUAAUUUGUAAAGAAUGCCACGACUUGUCUCAGUGUCUGAAAUAGACCAAAAUCAUCAUCUGCUGAAAACCCAUAUUUGUUUGAGUUAAUUAUGUAUUAAGAUUGCCAAUGUUUUAUAUCAUUAUGCGUGUUUCUUGAUAUUUUGUGUUGAAAGCCUGCAGGGAAUUUAAUAAUAUAACAAAAGCAUUUCAUAA